UCGUUCCACGGGCGGCCGCUGCCCGAGGACAAGUGCGUCCCGCUCGACGGCCCCUGCGGGCGCAAGCGCUUCGAGCGCGCCCUCGUCGGCGGCACGGCGGAGAACCACUUCAAGCUCGCGAACCAGUUCCUCACGCAGAGCUCGCCCCCGUCGUGCGGCGUGACGACGCUCGCGAUGGUCAUGAACGCGCUCGCCAUCGACCCGAACGUGCGGUGGAAGGGCGGCUGGCGCUGGUUCGACGAGGCCAUGGUGUUGGGCAACUGCUGCAAGGCGCCCGAGGAGGUCGACGAGCGGGGCAUCACCAUGCACGAGUUCGCGUCGAUGGCGCGGUGCCACGGCGCCGUCGCCGAGCACUGGCACCACGAGGCGAACGCGGGCGAGGGCCACGGCGCCUGCGGGCCGGCGAGCCUGGCGACCUUCCGGCGCCACGUCGUCGCGUCGGCGACGUCGAGCGACCCGCCGCUGGUCGUCGCGUCCUUCGACCGGUCCGCGCUCGGGCAGACGGGCGCGGGCCACUUCAGCCCCCUGAGCGCCUACGACGUGCGCACGGACAGCGUGCUCGUGCUCGACGUCGCCCGCUUCAAGUACCCGCCCUGGUGGGUGGCGCUGGAGCACCUCUACGACGCCAUGGAGGCCACGGACGCGGACUCGGGCCUCUCGCGCGGCUAC